AGGAUGUCGGAAACUACUUCUGUUCGAAAACUGGAAAAGAUAACAGAGAAGUGCAAUUAGAGAGAGAGAGACAGAGACAGAAGGAAGAAGUGAACGAUAGAAAACACCAAGGUGUUCGAAAUGACGAAUCCGAAUUCGCUGGCCAAAAUCACAAGGAAAAGAGAGUUAGAACAUCAUUCACGAAGAAUCAGAUUGUGAUAUUGGAACAGAGGUUCGCCUUACAGAAAUACCUGACCUCAACGGAACGCUCAUCUCUAGCGAAGGAGCUAAAGAUGAGCGAUGCACAACCAAUGCGAAACAUCUUUUAUGACACUGUACAAAUUAAGCUUGUGGAGGUUUCUACGCAAAUUGGAAUUAGGCGGUUCGCGAACAUGCGUUCAUGGAUCAUGGGAUAUAAUGAAGCAUCAGAUGUUACGCUCCAGACAUGGUUCGACAGUUUCGACUUUGGUAGUUCUCAAAACAAGAAGCAAACAGCACUAUUUUCGAUAGUGGAUCAUGACUUUUAA